GGAACAACCCAUCUUCAGCACCCGAGCUCACGUCUUCCAAAUUGACCCAAACACUAAGAAGAACUGGGUUCCCACCAGCAAGCAUGCUGUUACUGUGUCCUACUUCUAUGACAGCACAAGAAAUGUCUACAGGAUAAUCAGUUUGGAUGGCUCAAAGGCAAUAAUAAAUAGCACUAUCACCCCCAACAUGACAUUUACUAAAACAUCCCAGAAGUUUGGCCAGUGGGCAGACAGCAGGGCGAAUACAGUCUAUGGCUUGGGAUUUUCAUCUGAACAUCACCUUUCAAAAUUUGCUGAAAAAUUUCAGGAAUUCAAAGAAGCUGCACGACUUGCAAAGGAAAAAUCCCAUGAAAAGAUGGAACUAACAAGUACACCCUCUCAAGAGUCAGCUGGAGGGGAUAUUCAGUCUCCUUUAACGCCAGAAAGUAUUAAUGGAACAGAUGAUGAGAGAGCGACGCCGGAAGUGACGCAGAACUCAGAACCAAGGGCUGAACCAACCCAGAACGCAUUGCCAUUUACCCAUAGUUCGACAAUCAGCAAGCACUGGGAGGCAGAGCUGGCCACGCUCAAGGGUAAUAAUGCUAAGCUCACAGCAGCCCUGCUGGAGUCCACUGCCAACGUAAAACAAUGGAAACAACAACUUGCUGCAUAUCAGGAGGAAGCAGAGCGUCUUCAUAAGCGCGUAAGUCAAGGCAAAUAG